AGGGACGAGGGAGGAAGGUGGGAAAAAACCGAAAACCUUUCUGCGAGAAAUUGUACUGGAAAAGUGAAAUGGAGAGAGAUUCCUACUCUUUGUAGUUUCACAUCAACAUACUCAUUUCCACACACUGAUACACCAUGCUCUCUGCUAUCAGAAGCUCUGUCACCAAGAGUGCUGUCCUCAAGCGUACCUUUGCCACCUCCUCUGGAAAGACCCAGUACACGUCUCUUCAGAACGGUGUGACCAUCGCUACGGAGUCCAACCCAGCAGCCACCUCUGCGUCCAUUGGUCUCUACUACGGUGCCGGUUCCACUGCUGAGAAUGCGUGGAACAACGGUGCCUCCAACUUGCUGAACAAGGCUGUUGUUGGUGAGAACACCGCCGAGGCUGCUAAGAAGGGACUCGUCUUCUCCGCCAACACCGAGAGAGAGUACUCAUCCUACCUUGUCCAAGGCUCGUCCUCUUCGCUAUCCGAUGCUGUUGAAUUCUUGAACUCCAAGGUUGCGUCCUUUGAGUUGAACGAUGCCACCGUCUCCAAGUACCGUGAGUCCCUUGCCCAGGAGGUUGCAACUUUUGAAGAGACCCAGUUUGGCGAGAAGGCCUUGGAACACUUGCACAACACUGCUUUCCAAAACACGCCAUUGGCCUUGCCAAAGAGAGGUACCUCCGAGACCAUCUCUGACUUGAUCACCAGCGACUUGGCUAAGUUCCACAAGGACAACUACGUCAGCAGCAACGCCGUUGUCGUUGCCACUGGUAACGUUGACCACGCAGCCAUUGUUGAUUUGGUUGAGAAGAAGUUGUCCAUCCCAUCCGGCAUUGCUCCAAAGGUUGCUGCUCCAAAGUUCUUGGGUUCUGAGGUUAGAUUGAGAGACGACACCUUGCCAGGUGCUUGGAUCGCCCUUGCUCAAAAGGGUGCCGCCGUCAACUCUCCAGAUUUCUACGUUGCCAAGGUUGCUGCUGAGAUCUUUGGUUCCUACAACUACCACGAGCCAAUUGCUAAGAACUUGGGUGUUAAAUUGAACGGUGUUGUUAACGAAAACCACUUGGCUGAUACCUACUCCCACUUCUCCCUCUCCUACAAGGGUGCCGGUUUGUUUGGUGCUCAAUUCUUCAUCACAAACAUUGGUCAAAUCGAUGACUUUGUCCACUUCUUGUUGAAGGAGUGGAACAGACUCUCCAUCUCCAUCACUGACACCGAGAUUGCCAGAGGUAAGCAAUUGUUGAAGAACAAGCUUGCCUUUGCUUUGGACUCACAAGCUGCCGUCAACCAAUCCAUUGGUUCCCAAAUCGUUGUCUCUGGUAGAAGAGCUUCUCUCGAAGAGGCUUUUGCCAAGAUUGACAAGGUUGACUCUGCUGCCAUCAAGGCAUGGGCCCAAGCCAACUUGUGGGAUCAAGACAUCGCCGUUGCAGGUACCGGUCAAAUUGAGGACUUGCUUGACUACAACAGAAUGAGAAACGACACCUCCAUGAUGAGAUGGUGAUUUAUCUUUGAAGGAAGAUAGAAAAAGAAAAGAACAAAUAAACAUAAAUCCAUUGUCAUAUUCAUGCUUGCAACGACCUCAUAAAUUAUUUCCUUUUUUGUUGUACCCUUUUCCAAUUCUUCAUCCUUUCAACAGAAUCAUCAUGUCAUUUAACUUGAACAGAUCAUCAUAUAACACACAGCUUUUCUCUUCCAUUACAAAGAACAAUAACAGAGAAAUGAAAUGUGCCAUAGGAUGUAGACUUGUCGUUCUUCCUUUUCAUC